AUGUACGACUCUUCCCAACUCCAUCUAGGCUUCCUCAUCACAGCCGUCCUGUCUGCCAGCCGGUGCAAGAUGACCACCGACUACUCCCUCUUCUCCGACACCAAAAGUGUGUCCACAGACACACCGGCGGACGCACACGGUCAGAUAGCCAACGCCAAUCGUGUUGCAACCAAAAGGCACACUUCGUACGAUUUCGACGAUGCCGACAUCGAAAUUACGGUCGGAGACACAGUGUUUGCCCUGUCUAUUGCAAUCUUCGUCCUGCUCGGCAGGUCGAACCUAUCACCGAUUCAGAGCAAGCGCAGGCAAAUCCUCGACAAUGUGCAUGACCUCUAUGUGCAUGACCUCAUUGGGAACUCAGCCGCUGCGAAUCGUGCCGGGCGCGCGGGAUGGAGUUUCGACGGCGGGGCUGGUAUCAGGAUUGGUUUUGUCCGAGGAAGUGGUGGCUUCCGGCUCUAG